CAGCGACAAAUCGUCCUAUCUCCAAAAUCGAGGAGCAGAAGCAGAGAAGAGAAGAAGCAUUAAAGAGAAUGGGAGAUCUCUACGCCUUGGACUUCGAUGGAGUUCUAUGCGACAGCUGCGGAGAAAGCUCGCUCUCCGCCGUCAAGGCCGCUAAAUUGAGAUGGCCGGAUCUGUUUACCGGUGUGGAUUCAACCAUUGAGGACUGGAUCGUUGCUCAGAUGUACACAGUGCGGCCUGUUGUGGAAACUGGGUAUGAGAAUUUGUUGCUUGUGAGGUUGUUGCUGGAGAUGAAAGUACCUUCAAUUAGGACAUCCUCGGUUGCUGAGGGACUCACAGUGGAUGCAAUCCUGGAAAGUUGGUCGAAGAUUAAACCUGUCGUCAUGGAAGAAUGGGGAGAGAUGGAUAGAGACGAUCUAGUUGAGUUCUUUGGCAAAGUCAGGGAUGAGUGGAUGGAAAAGGACUUGAAAACAUGGAUCGGAGCAAACAGAUUCUAUCCAGGUGUUCCAGAAGCCCUGAAAUUUGCUAGCUCAACCAUGUAUAUAGUCACCACCAAACAGGGCCGAUUUGCAGAUGCUUUACUGAGAGAGCUGGCAGGUGUAACAAUUCCACCUGAAAGAAUAUAUGGUUUGGGAACUGGACCUAAAGUGGAAGUGUUGAAGCAACUUCAGAAGAGACCAGAACACCAGGGGUUGAAGCUGCAUUUCGUGGAAGAUCGGCUUGCAACCCUCAAGAAUGUGAUCAAAGAGCCAGAACUAGAUGGAUGGAACUUGUACUUAGGUAACUGGGGAUACAACACGCAGAAAGAGCGAGAGGAAGCAGAAAGCAUUCCUCGGAUUCAUCUUCUCCACCUCUCCGAUUUCACCAAGAAGCUGAAAUAGUAAACAUUAAUGGCUGGUGAUCGCGGAAAAGGCAGCUUAGAAAGCUGUGAAAUUGCUG